AUGACAAGUAUUGAUGAUUUAUUCAAGAAGCCAGCUUUACCCAAUCAUAAGCACAGGUUAGAACCUACUCGAGAUCCAAAUGAGAUCUACAAAUCCGCAAAACUAUCUGCGAAUAGCCAUGCCAAAAGUAAUGGCAAACAACCAGCAGCAGAAGAGGACGAUGAUAUAGAAACUGGACCUUCGGCUCCACCCGAUGACGACGAAGAAGACUAUGGACCGGAUAUCCCUGAUGAUGAAGAAGGACGGUUUUUCGGCGGUGGCAUCACGAAAGAUGAAUCGGAAAUAUUAGAUUAUAUGGAUGGACAAGAAAGCGCAGAGAUUGUUCCCGAGAAAAUCGAUUCGGCAUGGCUAAGGAAAAUGGCUCUAAACUUUGAGAAGAAGAUUACGAAGAAUGCGGAAUUGAGAGGAAAAUUCGAGAGCGAUCCGCAGAAGUUCAUGGGAAGUGAAGCGGAUCUUGAUGCGGAUAUCAAAGCUCUGAGCAUUCUUUCAGAACACCCGGAAUUAUAUGGGGAGUUUGCGAAGCUGGGAUGCGUUGGAAGCUUGGUUGGACUACUGGCGCACGAGAAUACAGACAUUGCGAUUGAGGCGGUGGAGAUUAUCAGUGAACUUACCGACGAAGAUGUGGAGGCCGAACAAGAGCAAUGGAACGUACUUGUGGAUGCUAUGAUCGAGGCAGAUUUAUUGGAUCUAUUGGUUUCAAAUUUCGCCCGGUUCAACGAAGGCAAUGAGUCAGAUAGGAGUGGCUUAUACCAUGCAUUAUCUGUGUUGGAAAACCUGGCGUCGAGAACAUCGCUUGCGGAAAAGAUUGGUCAGGAGACAAGCAUACUAAAUUGGUUAUUAAAUCGAAUACCGAAGAAAGAAACGCCAGUGAGCCAGAACAAACAAUACUCGGCAGAAGUCAUGGCAAUUCUCCUUCAAUCAUCUUCGCUUAACAGGCGGAGACUCUGCGAACUAGACGGCGUCGAUCUCCUACUACAAAUUCUGGCAGCCUACAGAAAGCGCGAUCCCAUUAAAGGAACCGAGGAAGAAGAAUUCGUAGAAAAUGUGUUUGACUCCUUGACCUGCUGUGUCGAUGAACCAGAAGGAAAACAAAAGUUUGUUGAAGCAGAAGGUGUUGAACUCUGUUUAAUUAUGGUCAAAGAAGGCAAAAUGAGCAAAUCACGCGCACUCAGGCUAUUAGACCAUGCAUUAGGCGGACAAACUGGUGCGGAGGUUUGUGAAAAACUGGUAGAUGCAGCAGGUCUCAAAAUAAUAUUUGGAAUGUUUUUGAAGAAAAUUGACGGACAAACCAUCGAACAUCUUCUAGGAAUUUUUUCAAGUCUUCUGCGUCUUCUCCCCGCCCAUCAAGCGGGUCGUAUCCGCACACUUGCGAAAUUCGUAGAGAAAGAAUAUGAAAAGAUAGGCAAGCUUGUGAAACUGCGUCGAGACUACGCAGCGCGGGUCUCGGCUGUAGACGGUGAGAUUCGUAAAGAACAAGCCAAGCUUAGUGCGGAAGAAAGGGAGGAGAUGGCCGAUGAAUGGUUAUCGAGGAGGUUAGACGCGGGUUUGUUUUGUUUGCAAACGAUUGAUGUUAUUUUGGCAUGGCUGGUAGCGGAAGACGAAGGGGCAGAGAGGAAAGUCAGGGAAUUGUUGGCGGAGAGGGAUGAGGGGUUGGACUUAUUGAGGGAGACGUUACAGGAGCAGUUGGAUACGAUGGUGGGAGAAGAGGAUGGGGAUGGAGAUGGAGAGGAGAAGAUGACGAGGGAUAUGUUAGAGACGUUGAUGCAAUUUUUGACUUGA